AUGGCGUUAAUGGAUAUAGGCUCAGAACAAGCCUUGUCAGCCUUGGGGUAUCUUGGUACUCUGGCAAUUCCCUCUGAGUCUCAAGAAUACAUACUGGAGCCAGUAGAUGUUAGCUCAGAUGCUGCGUCUAUGCAAAGAGAGCCGCAGUCUACUAGACUAGAUGUGGGCAAUCCUGCAGAUGCCUCUUCCUUGGCCAAAUCACACGCGCCUUGGGCGCAAUCACCGCUGUUUCCUCCCCUGGACAUCAUUGUCCAUUUGGUCGAGGUAUAUUUUGAAUCUAUUCAACCUGAAUUCCCACUUCUCCACCGCCCGAGUCUUCUUGAAGGCCUGUAUUCUGGAUCAUUGCUCACUGAGAGGCAUUCACCCCUUCUUCUCAACGCGUUAUUCGCCCUUGCGGCAAAAUUCACGGAUGAUCCGCGAGUACAUUCUUUCGACUUAUCGCUUGCGCAAUGUUUGUCUAGUGCAGAGUCUCCAGGCACAGCCCAUACUCAGAAGACGAGCCGUCGUGAGAGGGGAAGGGGGUUUUCACGGCGAGCCGGCGACCUUUUCCAGGACACAACUCACGAAUAUGAGAAUCUCGAGCUGGAUGCCGAUAUGGCUGAUAAACUGUCGAUUUUCCUCAUUCAGGGGGCUGUUUUGUUAAGCUAUGCUGAGCUUUCACGAGGCGCGGUACAUCGGGCUUAUUCCUUGAUCUCAAAAUGUGUGCGAGUAGCCUAUGAUGCAGGCUUGGAUCGAGUGGACUCAGUUGAGAACACCCAAUCUAUUGAUCCUAUCUUGUGUCACCAGAAUACGGAUUGGAGAAAAGAAGAGCUGCGCCGCGCAUGGUGGUGUAUUUGGGAGCUUGAAAGUUUUGUUUGCAACAUCUUAUGUCGCACCCAAAUAACCAACCUAACGAACUGCCAAACAAAACUCCCAAUGGACGAUUCGGACUGGUUCGAGGGCACAGAGAGACCGUCAUACUUCCUGCCAAGUAGUUUUGAGCAGUGGUCCAGACUUGACAUUGCAUCGCCACGUAUUUCCAUACUAGCGCAUCGAAUCGUCGCAUUGCACUUCUUAUUAGCGAUCGUCGGGCUAGAAGGAAAAGAAAGCUCUGAUCUUUCCGCUACUUAUUCAGAAAUUGAGCACUGCGCUACAAUAUGGAGAAAAUGGCUACCUCCGGAGUUCAAGUCCCUCACUCAGGUUCAGGACUCUCCUGAUUAUCUCGACUCGUUUAGCAAACGCCUCUGGAUAUAUGUGAUCAAUGAAGAGUCGGUAUCGGACCCAAUAUGGAGAUUACGAGCUAACUGA